AUGGUGUUUUUUUGUUUUCUAAAUUUGGAUGUUGAAGGGCACGAGAGUCAUGGAGUUCAUUUGUGUCACAAAUGUGGAUGGCCAUUUCCAAAUCCACAUCCUAGUGCCAAACACAGGCGUGCUCACAAGAAGAUCUGUGGAACCAUUGAAGGUUACAAACAGUCUGUCUCUGAGGGACAGCCCCAUUUGAAUGGGUCAGAUGAUGAACAUGUUUCUGAUGAUGAUCACAAAACGCCAGGUUCGGUUUUGUCAGGUUCAAAUUUCUCGGAAACAGGCAACAAUGAGAAGGGCAAUGCAGGAAAUGUAGAGAAAUCUAUUAGAUCGGAAUAUGAGGUGUUUACGGAUGCAGUUGCAGACUUUUCGGAUAGUGGAUCAAAUCCAGAUAUUAAGGACCGGUUGCAAGAUAGUUUGGACUACGGAGCUGAUAUGGAACUUGUAGAUUCAAAAGAACCUAAAUUUUCAGGAAUUUCUGAAGACAAAGAGUUCAAUGGUGGGAAGAUAGUUUUUACACCACAUUUCCUUUUAUUAACUUGA